CCACACGAUUUUGAUUCAAAAGAAAGAGAAGAAACGAAAAACAGAAAAAUUCCCCUUUUUCAUUCUCCUCAAACUUUUCUACUCCGUUGGUGCCGUUCGUGGAGCACCGGAUCCCACCGUUUUCCGGCGAUAUUCCACCGUUUUCCGGCAACUUCACGCUCCCUUUCGCUUCUCCGACAUGAAUCCCGAGUAUGAUUAUCUGUUCAAGCUCCUUUUAAUUGGAGACUCCGGUGUUGGAAAAUCAUGCCUUCUUCUUAGAUUUGCUGAUGAUUCAUACAUUGAGAGCUAUAUAAGCACCAUUGGAGUUGAUUUUAAAAUUCGCACUGUUGAGCAGGAUGGGAAGACAAUUAAACUACAGAUUUGGGAUACUGCUGGGCAAGAACGAUUUAGGACAAUAACCAGUAGCUACUAUCGUGGAGCACAUGGAAUCAUUAUUGUUUAUGAUGUGACAGAUGAAGAUAGCUUCAACAAUGUGAAGCAGUGGCUCAGUGAAAUUGACCGCUAUGCUAGUGAUAAUGUUAACAAACUUUUGGUUGGAAACAAGAGUGAUCUGACUGCAAAUAGAGUUGUCUCAUAUGAUACAGCUAAAGAAUUUGCAGAUCAAAUUGGCAUUCCUUUCAUGGAAACAAGUGCGAAAGAUGCUACAAAUGUUGAAGAGGCAUUCAUGGCCAUGUCUGCUUCCAUCAAGAACAGAAUGGCGAGCCAACCUUCUGCGAAUAAUGCUAGGCCUCCAACAGUGCAGAUCAGAGGGCAACCCGUUGGUCAAAAAAGUGGGUGUUGCUCAUCCUAACUAGAUGGUGUUCAGAUCCAUUUCACUUGGUCUACACUUGCCCUUUGCAUGUAGGUCUGUUAUUUCACUAAAUAGUGGACCAGUGUCUGAUAAUUUGUUUUUUGGUUUGGGAAUUGGCCUAGAUGAUCCCAUUCUUUACAUAUACUUGAAUGAUAUGCUUGUGCUAAGUAUAGUACUUGUUAAUGAUAAAACCAUAUUCCAUCUCAUUUAUUUUUGCAAUGAACUAGCAGUUUUUUUUUACUUGCCAU